AGGUCCUAUUUAGCCUGGGAGAAAUUCUGUGUUUUUUUUCAGGAGGGAAACUUCGCAAGGUUUUGUCCCGAGUCUGAUACGAAUAGCUAGCGACCACUUUAAAGAGCGAACGGUUCAUAAAAAUAGUCCACAUUUGUAUCACAUCUAAGGGAGCCACAAGUCAUGUCUGGUAUAGCCUUAAGCCGACUUGCACAGGAACGAAAGGCCUGGCGGAAAGACCACCCCUUUGGCUUUGUGGCAGUGCCAACAAAAAACCCUGAUGGAACAAUGAAUCUGAUGAAUUGGGAGUGUGCCAUUCCAGGAAAGAAAGGGACGCCCUGGGAGGGAGGCCUGUUCAAACUCCGAAUGUUGUUCAAGGAUGACUAUCCAUCCUCCCCUCCCAAGUGUAAAUUCGAGCCUCCGCUGUUCCAUCCCAAUGUGUAUCCGUCUGGCACAGUCUGCCUAUCGAUUUUAGAGGAAGACAAAGACUGGAGGCCGGCCAUCACUAUCAAGCAGAUCUUGUUAGGAAUCCAAGAACUUCUGAAUGAGCCAAAUAUCCAGGAUCCUGCCCAAGCGGAGGCAUACACCAUUUACUGCCAAAACAGAGUAGAGUACGAAAAAAGGGUCAGAGCACAAGCCAAAAAAUUCUCCCCGUAAGAGUCAAGACCUAUCAACAGAAUGGAAGGAUUUGGUUUGACAAGUUUUUUUUUUUUUUUUUUUCUUCUUUUUGUUUUUUUUUCUUAAUUUCAUUUCAUUUUCCCAGACGUAAUAUCCCUUACACACUUACCUUCACACUUUUCACACUUACUUUCUACCGAACUUAUUUAAAGCAAAAUAUAUUUUGCCAUUUCCUGCACUUAGCUUAGCCACUGGUCCUGCAAGUGUAGCCUGUGCUUCUGUUUUUGACGUUGGUUGGGAGGGGAAAUGUCACCUCAGCUUUUGACCUUAUUUGAGCUGACCUGUGGUAUUAAAAGAGCUCAA